UAUAGGGACAGACUGCAGCAGGAACCCAGAACCCCUAAAAUCACCCUUGUGUCUGUGUCUGUGGGCCAAGAGAUCUCAAAGCAAUGGUGGGAGACGUUCACGUGCUUCAGACCGUCACCAAUUCCAACUGCAGUACCCAUGUCUCUAAGAAAGCCAAAGACAAGAAGAAGAAGAAGAAGCGUGGUGGGAGCAAAAGGAAGAUGACCGCAGAGCAGACGCUGGCUUUCAAGUCUGUCAGUGAGUGGGUGUUCUUGGAUCAGCCUUCUUCGUUGCCUUCUUCUUCGUCGUCCUUUGUUGUGGAUGACUUUGGGGUGCAGAAGAGUCUCGGCAAAGGUGGGGAGAAGCUGGUUUUCGAAUUGCAUUCGCACUCGAAAUUCAGUGAUGGAUUCUUGUCGCCUACGAAGCUGGUUGAGAGAGCUCAUGGAAAUGGGGUGAAAGUUCUUGCUCUGACAGAUCAUGACACAAUGUCAGGCAUCCCCGAGGCUCUAGAAGCUGCUCAAAGAUUUGGCAUCAAGAUAAUUCCAGGUGUUGAAAUCAGUACAAUAUUCUCCCCUAGUGGAGAGUCUGGAUUAGAGGAACCAGUGCACAUCCUUGCAUAUUAUAGCAGCUGUGGGCCAGCAAGGUCUGAGGAGCUGGAGAAGUUAUUGGCUAAUAUAAGAGAUGGUCGUGUCCUCCGCGCAAAAAACAUGGUGUCAAAACUGAACAAGCUUAAGCUACCUCUUAAGUGGGAGCAUGUUGCCAAGAUAGCAGGCAUGGGAGUUGCUCCUGGGAGACUGCAUGUGGCCCGUGCAAUGGUUGAAGCAGGUUUUGUGGAAAAUCUGAAACAAGCUUUUGCACGGUAUCUUUUUGAUGGUGGACCGGCUUAUUCUACGGGAAGUGAGCCUCUUGCAGAGGAAGCUAUACAAUUGAUAUCUAAUACAGGGGGUGUGGCUGUGCUAGCUCAUCCAUGGGCACUGAAAAAUCCUGUUGCCAUUAUCAGGAGGCUGAAAGAGGCUGGCCUUCAUGGGAUGGAGGUUUACAGAAGUGAUGGAAAACUAGCAGCAUACAGUGACCUAGCAGAUGGUUAUGGUCUUUUGAAGCUGGGAGGAUCAGAUUAUCAUGGAAGAGGUGGGAAUGGUGAGUCUGAACUGGGAAGUGUGAACCUUCCAGUAUUGGCUACUCAUGACUUCCUAAAGGUAGCUCGACCAAUCUGGU